UAAAAAAUGGCCUUGGUUUCAAGUUGCGGGUUGUUUUUUAUUUAUUUAGUUUUUCAAUUUUCAAAGAAUUACGGAAUCUAUAUGUGUCCUAAUUUAUAUGUAAAUUAUGGCUUAGAAAUUAUCUAAUACGGUUAUCAGUUACGCUUAUCCAUCAUGGAAAGCGGUAUAAUGGUGGAGACGUUACCAUUAUUUGGUAAUUGUUGUUUAUGUUUGAAACUCGAUGUGGUUAAAAGCAUGUUAACGCCAGAUUUAAGAGAAAAGGAGAGUUAUUCUGAAAUGCUGCUCAAGUGUUUUUCAAUAGAUAUAUCAAUUCUUGAUUUAGAAGACACAAAAUGCCUAAUCUGUAGACCAUGUAUAGACCAAUUGGGAGCUUGUGUUAAAUUUAAAGAACAGGUAGACACUGCAUUGAAGUCGUUGGAGGCAGCAGCUAGAAUUAAAAAAGCAGAUGAAGAUUUAAAAAAAGUUAAAGAAGAAAUAUCGAAUGAUGAUGCAAGCGAUGAUGAUAUCCUGUUAUGCCAUUUCAAGCAGGAGUCGAACGAUAGCAACUACCAAGAUGAAUUAUUGGAAAACGGCAUUAACAACUCGGAAGACGAAACGCGGAAAACGAGAAAAUUCUCGAAAAAGAAGAAACUCACAUAUUCAUCCGUCUGUAAGAAGGUCGUUGACCUCGAUGAGACGAUAUACCUUCUGAACGCUGGUCUAUUCCCGUUCAAGAUGAGCAGAGACGAUUUCUCGUGCACCAUAUGCCCCGAGAAGACUACCACCUUGGAAGACUUGAAGACGCACAUAAUCCAGCACAGCACGUCGAACAUCGCGACAGCCUUUAAGAAGAUGUCCCAAUCGACAUCACAGAAAUUCUCCAAAGAGAAGAAUUGCCUCAAGUGCAAGACGUGCGCGUUGGAGAUCAGAAGCUUCGAUGAGAUGAAGCAUCAUGUGGACGCCUGCAUCCGCCUCGGAUGCCGGUGGAACCAGCUUCCCUUCAAGCUGGAGAAGGACCAACUUGACUGCCCCAUCUGCAAGAAGACGUUCCUCAACUUUGUGACCCUGAACACGCAUAUGAACGAACACUACCCGAACCACACGUGCGACAACUGUGGUAAGGCGUUCGCGUCCAGGUCCCGUUUGAGAGGACACCUUCGGACGCAUGAAGUCGGCAGCUUUCCAUGCCGGUUCUGUGAUAUGGUCUUCGAUAAAGUGACGAAACGGGAGAACCAUGUCUCCAAGGAGCACAAAAGUGGGAUUAGAUAUGUCUGCAAGCGGUGUAAUAUAUCCCUGACCUCGUUCUAUGCCAGGCAGAAGCAUUUGGCAGAAGUCCAUAAUGAGGAGCUGAAGAGAUACAAAUGUAAGGCCUGCACCCAGAGUUAUAUCACCCCGGGGCACCUUUCCAGCCAUGUCCGGAGGGACCAUUUGAAUGAAAGGAAUCACAAGUGUCCGAAGUGUGAUCUGGCUUUCUACACCCGGAACUCCCUGAAGAUGCACAUGAUAAAGCAUGAUGGGGAGAGGAUCCACGUAUGCAGCAUAUGCAGUAAGUCCUAUCAGAGGAUGAAGACACUGAGGGAGCAUAUGCGGAUUCAUAAUAAUGAUAAGAGGUUCAUUUGUCCCGUGUGUGGGAGGGCCUUUACGCAGAAGUGUACGUUGAAGGGACAUUUGAAAGUGCAUCAGCGUACGAGUGAAAUUGUGUGAUGGACGCAGACGGGUUAAUUUUAUGUUGUGUAUAGUCUAUAGGGAACGAAAAGCAAUACGCGUGCAAUUUUUCUAUUCGGCAAUAGAGGACGUUGUUUUAAAUUAUUGUAUUAAAUAUAUUCAGUUUUAAAGAGAUUUAUUUUUCUACUCCCUGAUAGAUGUCGCUAUAUCAAAAAUCACUAUGUCGCAGGCAAGUAGGUAAUUUAGCCGUUCUAUUAACAGCCUAGGCUAAAACAAAAAAGCAACGUUUAACUAGCGGCCUGAAAGAUUCCGCAGCGUCAGUUACAAUAUUAAUUUAACUAGAUUGCUAAUGCUUAGGCCAUUUGUAAGAUAGAUUGAUCAAGUGGUAGAA